AUGUCAUAACACUGACUUAAACAACAAUGGCGUUUUUUGUAUUUUUCUAGAGAAAUAAUGGAUACCAUUGCAUGGGAUACUGCUUAAUAUUUUUGUAAUUCAUCAAAGGUUUCAAUAUGAAAGAAAACUUACAUUCUUCUAAAUUUAUAUUGUUGAUAGAAAAUUCCAAAUAUGACUUCUGUUAAAGUUGCAGUGAGAGUGCGACCUCUCAAUUUGAGAGAGGAUGGCUUAUCUAGUCAGGUUAUUAUUCAGAUGGAAGGGGAGAAGACAAGGAUUGUUAAUCCUAAAGUUUCAGAACAUGCUGCUGAAGGAGAUGUUGGCAGAGAUGCCUUGAAGGUCAGAGAGUUUACUUUUGACCAUUCUUUCUGGUCAGUCAAUGAGAAUGAUUCUCACUAUGUCAGUCAAGAAGUGGUGUUCACAAGUUUAGGGGAAGAUGUAGUUCAGUCAGCAUUUGAUGGUUACAACAUUUGUAUAUUUGCUUAUGGUCAGACAGGCUCAGGCAAAACACACACCAUGAUGGGUUCAGAGGAUGACCCAGGCUUAAUACCUAGAUAUUGCAAUGCACUUUUCUCAAGAUUAAGUGAUAACACAGCUUCAUAUCAAAUUCAUGUCAGUUACUUAGAGAUUUACAAUGAGAAAGUGAGAGACUUGUUGAAGAAUGUCAACAGCAACUACACAAAGUCAACACACAAUCUUCGUGUCCGAGAGCACCCUAGGGAUGGUCCUUAUGUUCAAGAUUUAUCCAAGCAUUCUGUGAUUACUUACGAAGCUUUGGCCAGUUUGAUGAAGAAAGGAAACAGCAACAGAACCACAGCCUCCACCAACAUGAAUGAUGUCAGCAGUAGGUCUCAUGCUAUAUUUACCAUCACCUUUACACAGGCCAGAUAUCUAGAUGGUCUGCCCAGUGAAAGACAGAGUAAAAUCAACCUUGUAGAUCUGGCUGGAAGUGAGAGAGCUGAUGCAUCAGGUGCUACAGGCAUACGUUUGAAGGAAGGAGGUAGCAUCAACAAAUCUUUAGUCAGUUUGGGGAAUGUUAUCUCUUUAUUAGCUGAAAGAUCAGAGUCUGGUAGCAGAGGGAAACAUACUUUUAUUCCAUACAGAGACUCAGUUUUAACAUGGCUACUCAAAGACAGCCUUGGUGGAAAUGCUAAGACUAUUAUGAUUGCUACAAUUUCACCAGCAGACGUCAACUAUGGGGAAACAUUGAGCACAUUACGCUAUGCCAACCGUGCUAAAAAUAUUAUCAAUAGGCCAACUGUCAAUGAGGAUGCUAAUGUCAAACUUAUCAGAGAACUUAGAGAAGAAAUUGCAAGGUUGAGAGCACUAUUGGAAGGCAGUGGGGAAGCUUCACCCAAAGUCCAAGAAAAACUUCAUGAAAAUGAGGCAAGGAUUAAAGUAUUGACUGAAGAGUGGGCAGAGAAGUGGAGUGAGUCGGCCAAGUUGAUCAAAGAAAAAAAUCUUGCUCUUCGUAAAGAAGGUGUAGGAGUUGUGCUGGACUCCUCUUUGCCACACCUCAUCAGUAUAGACGAUGAUGUUCUAAGUACUGGUAUCAAGCUCUUCCACUUAAAGGAAGGAAUUACAAAAAUUGGCUCUGAAGAAUCUGAAGAAAGUCAGGAUAUCACUAUCUUUGGUGCUGGCGUGGAGCCAGAUCACUGCAUCAUUGAGUAUGUUGGGAAUAGUGUAGUAUUACAUCCAAUAGAAGGGGCACUUUGUGCUGUCAAUAAUCAUGUGAUCAAGGAGCCAACCAAACUUCAACAAGGUAUGGUGAUUACUUUGGGUCACUCCAAUGUAUUUAGAUAUAAUAAUCCUGAAGAAGCCAAACAAAUGAAGAAAAAUCUGCAAGUUCGAAAGUCUUCUUCUACCUUGAGUCUUCCACCUGGUGACUUAACCACUGCUCCGAGGCUGAACAUUCUGAGUCAGUCAAUGUCAGAACUGUAUCGGUCAAAUGAAAGUCUUGCACUCAAUGGUUCUGGAUGGGACAUUUCUUCAAAAACAUACAGGGAGGAUCAAGAAAUGCUGGAACAGAAAAGGCUUGAGAUCAUGGAACUAGAAGACAUGUAUGUGAAGAAAGAAGAACAAAGAAAAGAACAAGAGAAACAAAUCCUCCUUGAACUGGAAGAAAAGACCAAACAGCUGAGUGAAUUGGAAGAACAACUUGAACUGAUCAAGAGUAAAGGCAAUCCUUAUGACAAUCUUGUACAGUCUUUAAGAGAAUUGGACAGACAGGAGGAGGAACUUUUGGAGGACUUAAAAAUCUCAAAAGAUAAUUUAUUGAAGGAGAUAGAAAAUGUCACCUGGUUUCCAGAUCAAGUGCAGGAAGAAGCAUCCAUUGUUGAAAUUCUUCAAGACUUGGAGAGACAAAUGUCAGAGAAGCAAGGGGAGAUAAGCAGAGUGAAGUUGAGAAAGGAAGAGAAUGAGCACAUUUUGAGAGAGAAGAAGAAACAGCUAGAACAAGCUAUUGUGAAUGAAGAAUGUGCUGUUCAAACACUGAAAACAGACUAUGAGACUGAGGAGAGACAACUGCUUUCAACCAAUUCUAACCUUCUGCUGGAAACUCAGGACCUCAACAUCAGAGCCUCUGAGCUCAGGGCACAACAUGAUGACAUUGAAGAGGAAAACAGGAAAAGAUGGAAAGAAGAGUUGGAGGCUUUGAAUGAGCAUGCAUUAAAGAUAGAAGAGGCCUGGAAUGAUCUUAAAGAACAUGAAACUCAGUGUAAAAACAGGCUGCAGACCUGUUGUGAGACUGGUCAAGAGAAAUCUGAAAUAGAGGAUGAAUUCCAUCAGCUCCUGCAGGCCCGAAGUCUGCUCCAGAAGGAAGAGAAGAGCUUCAGUCAACACCAGCAGGAAGAGAUGGCCAGAGUGGAGAGGGAGAUAGAGACUUGGGAGAAGCAGAGGCAGGCUGAGCUGGAUGCUCUGGAAGUGGCAAGGCAACAGUUGCUGUGGCAGCACAGUGACAAUCUACAGCAGCUGUCCAGGGAGAUGGAGGAAAAACAAGUCAAAGUGGAAGAAAUGAAGGAGGCUCUGAAAGAUAUGGAUAUCAAACUAAGUGACUCUGACCCGGAAGUUCUUCAGUUGGAGAAUGAACUCAACUUACUGGCUGGAGAACGGGAAGAAAUGGAAAGAAAGACAGAAGAAAAAGAAAAGCAAAGAAAAAAUAGAAUAGAAGAACUUGAAGCAGAAAUUGAAUCAUUAGAAGAUAUGUACAAAGUAAAUCUGGAUGAAAUUCAGAAAGAAAGAUUAAGAUUGGUUGGCCUUCAAGAAGAAGUGCUGAAAAAAAUUGGAAUCAAUGAGAAGUGUAGUACUGAGCAACUUGAAGAACAUAGGGAACAGCUCAUAGAAAGAAAGAAGGAACUUGAGGAUCUGAAAGAGAAAUUAGAGUUCUCUGCCCAGCAACUGGAAGCCAGACAAAGAGAGUUUGAGGAAGAAAGAGACAGACAGCUGGACACAAUUGAGUUUGAGAAACUGAAGCUCAUGGACAUGGAGAGACAAGACAGGUUGAACAGCUUGGUGGAACAGGAAGUCAAGUGCCGUCUCUUUGAAGAAAAGUUAGAGCGUGAGAGACUACGCAAGAUUGAACGAGAGAAAGACAAACUAGAAAGAGAAAAAGAAAUCCAGAGAUUGAAAAAUAUGCAUCAAAAAGAAAUAGAUGAACUCAAAGCAAGGCUGGAUAUUAGUGGUCAUAACAUGUCAUCCAAUAGAGUCACACGUAGUCAGUCUUGUGAAACAAUGACACUGACAGAAGAAAAAAAAAAACUGAUGAGACAACUGACCUUGACAGAAGCCCCUGUACUGCUGAACAUUGAGAUUCCAACUUUCGUCUUGCGUGGGAGUGGCAAAGAUUUACAUUAUGAAUAUCUUGUUAAAAUAACUAUUGGAGAAGAGUCUUGGUAUGUUUUUCGACGCUACAGUAGAUUUAGAGAGAUGCAUAAUGCAUUAAAAAAGAAAUAUCCAUUGAUCAAUCAAUUGGUAUUUCCGCCAAGAAAGUUUUUCCACAAAAAUAAAAAAGUGGCAUCUGAGAGACGAAUGCUAUUAGAGGAAUAUGUGCGCCAUGCUAUAGAACUGUGUAUGAGGAUACCAGAAUGUCCACUCCACCCAUCUAAGAACAAACAUUUAACAAAACAAGUUUUUAUUGACUUUGAGCCAUUUUUUCGCAGAGGGUUGUUUGAAACUGCUAGAAAUUUAACCACAUAGAUAUUCUGUUUCCUGGCUGGAGUUUUUGUUUUUUCACACUAUUAUUAAUGUAAAGAAACAAAUAUAAAUUGAUAAUUAAUUUGUAUCUUUUUCAAAUGACAUGAACAAAAACAUAUUUUGUAAAAAAGAAAAACGGAACCCCAAACUUGACAGAGGUUGUGUGGAUGGAUGUGUACAUGCUCAUAAUGAGUUUGAGGAACUAUUAUUGCUGUGUUAAUUCAUAUCUAAUUUUGGCUGCAUUAUGAAAUGUUUGUUCCAAGCAAUGUUUUGUGUGAGUCUAAUGAACCAUUCCAGAAUCUUUGUGCCUUAUAAGUCAUUACAUUUUUUUUUGGGCCUUCAAACUUACAAGAGACAACGUGCAGCACAUUCAUGAAAACAUUUGUUCAAUAGUUGUUUCCAGUGUAGAUGUUAUUCAUCAAAUCAUUGGUAGAUUUUAUGGUACCAUGCAAGAAUGUAACCACAAUUCAUUAUAGUGAGCCAAUUAACUAUUAAAAAUAUUUGAUGAAAUAUUAUGCUAUAGACUUAUGUAAACUAUUGUUAAAGAAUCUCUCUAUAUGCAUUGACAACUUGCUUUAAAACAUGUGAGACUAAUUAGAUCCCAAACGUUGCUUUGUUAACAAAUAGAAAUCAUUUAAUUUGUUACAUUUAUCAAUAGUUUGAUGGAUACCAAAAAAAAAUAAUUUUCUGCCACAAGUCAACUCAAUAUAAUGAAGUGUGACUGAAACAAAAAGACAAAAAAAAAUGGGAGACAAUCAUCUGUCCCAUAGAUCACAAGGUCUGAAAUAGUUACUUUAUUUUUACUUUACAGUUUUGUCUUCUCAAACAUCUUUUACUAUAAAUCAGUAUUUAUGUUAUCCAGUAAAUUUCUCUUGAAAACAAAACAAAAUCAAUUCUCAGUGGCUUAAAAGACCCAGAUUCCUCAACUUACUGAUCUAAGGGAAAACAGUAGAUAUACUACUAGCUACUAUGUAUAUCAUGGUAUGUUCCAAUGAAUUCUACUUGUGUUCAUGUGCCUCAAAUGUUCUUAUAAAAGUUUUUUUUUAUUGUUUCUGUGUUAAAACAGACAUUUUGUUAUACACUUUUUUGCUAAAGCUUUUGAAUUGUGAACAGGUUGUGUGUAAGAAGUUUAUUUCAAAUAAACCACAAGUUACUUUUGAUUUUUAUUGAGUCACUUGGUGUUCCUUGUUACUAAAGACAUGGUAAGGGCUGUUUCAAAGUGUAUUAACCCACCAGGUGAGAGAGAAAAGCUGUGGCUCUAUAUCUUUGUUUUCUCUUGUUAGCAUGGACUGCCACAGCACUCUUGCCUAUAGGUAUAAACAAGCGGUACUUACAACAGUGUAAUUUGUGUCAUAGAAGUAUUAUUGUUUUAUUUGUAUUUUAUUCAGACAGUGAUAUCAAUGGAAUAUGAGUGCAAUAUGUUCUAUAUGUUAAGAGAUCCUAGUCAUUUGUGGACUAAUACUAAUGUGUCUUAAGCUAUUGAAUAUAAUUCUAAAUAAUGUGAACAAUUAUUUUUUUUUAAUGUUUGUUUUGCUUUUUAAUAUCAUUUUAGAAAAAAAGUUGUUCAUCUUUAUAAUUGAUCAAGAAAACAUUUUUUAGGCCCUGUGGGAUACAAAAAAAUAUGAGCGUCUGUUUUUUUUUCAUUAAAUUCUUCUCUAAUAGAAAUAUGUAUCCUUUGAAUAAACCAAGGCAUUGGUUCCCAAAACUUACUUGCAGUUUAUAGAGAAAGUUUAUCUCUUUGUUUUUUGUGCAGUACUUAUAGCUGGUGAACCAAAAGCCUCAAUUUGGUUGCUUUGUGGUAGAAAUGUGUAUUAAGUCUAGUUGCUUUAUUUUGAUUAGAAAGAUGACUAAUAUUGUUGUAUGUCAGCCACAUGCUCUGGAUAGAAAAGCAAAUAUUUUUUGUUUUGUUUCUCUUGGUGCUUUUUUGCCCUGUUGUUACAAUGCUAAUUUAUGAAUAUAUUUGUAUUCAUCCCCUCCCCCUCAAUUGGCUAGAAUUCUAAUGUAGUCAGAAUAUAGUUACAACUGUUCAAUAAUCUCUUUGGUGUGUUGUGAAAUGAAUUUCAUAACUACCAAAAACUUGUUUGCAGCAAAAUUAUUUAAUGGCUUUAUUUGUAAUUUUUUUUUCUGUAUCAAUUGACCAUGCAACAGCUACUGAUAUACAUACAAGGUGAUAACCAAGUAUGACAUUGUCUUGUAUAUGACAAGCUAGUCCUUUUCUCUUAUGAACAAAUGUAACUCUUUACUUAUUGAAAUCAUUCUAUCUAAAAAAGUUUUGCUUUAAAAGAAGAAAAGUAAAUCAAGUUGACACAUUAACUUCCUAGAACUACUGUGUGCACAACAUGAGAGUGCUUGUAACUGGAUAUUUUAAUGUGGUAGUUUUUUGUUUUAGUAACAGGUGUGGGGGUCAAGUUCAAGACUUAACCAUUAGAUUAUUGAUUUUAGUGUGGAUCAAUGUCUAGUUUUAUUUUUAGUGGAUUAUUGAACAUUAUAAUUUUUAAAAAUGUGAUAAAUAAAUGUUGUCCCUAAUAUGGCCUGGUAUUCAUCAUUGCUAUAAAAAAGAUUCUACUUAUCACAAAACACUAUUGUCUCUUAUUUCACUUGCUAUGUUAUUAUGAUCACUAACUCAGAUCUCACCAAUCUUGUCAUAUGUACAUCUUUCUUUUCCUGGAGCUUUAAUAAAUGAAAGAACAGCA